AUGGCUUCGAGUUCCGCCAGAAGAGAUCAAGAUCUUGCAUUUCUAGUCGUUCAGUUCUUGGAUGAACACAACUUCACGGAGACCGCCCGGAUGCUGGAGAAGGAAGGGAAACUCUACUUGAACAUGAAAUACGUUGAAGAAGCAGUAAGAGAAGGGAAAUGGAAAGAGCUGGAAGAUUAUAUAUUAUGCUUUACAAAGAUUGAAGACAACACUUUCUCCCUUCAAUUGAUUUUAGAGAUUCGACGGCAAAAAUACAAUGAAGCUCUUGACAACGCCCAAUAUGCAAAUGCCAUGGAAAUUUUGGAAAAUGAAUUGAGGAUGUUUGCUCCAUAUGAUCCGGAUAUUCUCAAGGAGACCACGGAGCUUAGAUAUCUGAACAAUGUCAGGCUAAACAAAAGGCUUCGAAGACAUUGUAAUGAUACUGAAAGAGCCAGGUGUUCGGUCUUUGCUCGCCUGCAAAAUCUGAUAGUAAAUAAUCCAGUGUUGAAGGAUAAGCUAAAUUAUCCAAGCUUGGAGGAUUCUCGAUUGAAGGUCCUCAUGAAUCAGAGCUUAAACUGGCAGCACACAAUGUGCAAGUAUCCCAAGCUGAACCCCGCGGUUAGCACCCUGUAUGUUGAUCAUACCUGUGGAGAUGCCGUGGUUCAAUCUCUCGAUGAUGGAGAUUUUCGAGCUUCAGCAAAUUUGACUCCCUCUAAUACAGAUGAGAGGGAAAUGCCUAACAUUCCUGAUACAAAUGAACAAGCUCAACUCUAUUGUCUAAGGCUUCCUGAUCCCAUUUUAUCACAAAGAAUUGACAGGUUAACUUACACCAACUCAGGAGAUGCCAUAGUAGCACGGUCUUGUACUGGCGUGUAUAAAUUCUGGAAAUGGGGAGUGGCGAAUGAUAAUCCCACCGGAAAAGCAACUAUAAGGGUCGUGCCCCCAGUCUUCUCCGCCAAUUUUGAUAUAAGUCUGGGGGAAAAUGUACCUUUUGUCCCCUAUUUUGCUCUGUCAAAGAAUGAUGGUUAUGUUGCAUCUGUGUCGGAAGCAGGGAAGGUGUCGCUGUUUAACUGCGUGGCAUCUGCGUUCAAAAUUAUGGAUACAAAUUUGUCCCCACCCCCUGCUGCAACCUCUGUUAUGUUCUACCCUGAGGACAAUAACAUCAUUAUCAUCGGCAAGGAGGAUGGCUCUAUUCUAAUCUAUACUGUUCAGAAAGAUAUGGUCAUAGCCAAGAUACAUGCUCACCAGACGAGAGUCACAGGCCUUGCCUAUUCCAGAGCGUUAAACAUCCUUGUAUCAUCCGCAUAUGAUGCUCAGAUCUGUGCCUGGAGCCGAUUUGGAUGGAGAAGGCAGUCUUGCAAGUUCCUGGACGUUUAUGGAAAUGCUGUGUCUCCCGGGCACAUUUCUGUCAUGUUCCACCAGGAUCAAAUAAAUCUGUUGGUUGUACAUGAUACUUGUAUAGCCACUCUUCAGGGGCCUAACCUCGAGCCCCUCAACCAGUGGAUUCCCGGGCAAGUGAUCAAGGAUGCUGCAUAUUCAUCUGAUGGCCAGUGCAUAUAUGCCUGCUUUCUAAACAGGCACGUUGUUGUCUUGGACUCUGAAUCAUUUGAAAUAAAGUUUGCCAUCAAUCCGAGUGCAUAUUUACCUUCUAAUCCAAGCUCGGUGGUUUAUCCUUCUGCUCUUGCGGCUAAUCCUGCAAAACAGAAUCAGUUUGCUCUGGGGCUCAGCGAUGGUGGCGUACUAGUUUUAGAACUUGAGGAGGGGAACAAUGGGAUUGACCCUGUAGCACGCCUCAGUUUGAGACCAGCAACAAACGAGAACUUAAUAUGA